UGGCCGCGCCGCUUUCCCUUUGCCCCGCCGCGGGGGGGCGGGGCGCGCCAUGGAGCCGGGGGAGGCGGCGGCGCCGCCGCCGGCCGAGGGGAGACGCGGGGUCGUGGAGGAGAAGAAGGAGGAGGAGGAGGAUGAUCUCGGCUACAGGCUCUUCCCGGACCGGAACAAGAAGCCGCAGAGCUUCCUUGUCCGCAGCCUCUUCACCUUCCACAACAGGUGCCAGCUGAUGCUGAGGAUGACCCUGGACACGAAUCCAUACGCUCAACUUCUUCUUGAGGCUAUGAAGCAGUCUGGUUGCACUGUUUUCAAUGACCGGCACUUUUCUUGUGAAAACUGCGAUGGCUGUGUCAGUGGAGGUUUUGAUUCUGCCACAUCUCAGAUCGUUCUGUGUCAGAACAACAUUCGCCACCAAUCCCAUAUGAACCGGGUCGUCACACAUGAAUUGAUUCAUGCUUUUGAUCACUGCCGUGCGCAUGUUGACUGGUUUAAAAAUGUCAAACACUUGGCUUGUUCAGAGAUUCGAGCUGCUAAUCUCAGUGGAGACUGUACACUGAUGAAUGAAAUAGCCAGGUUUAAAUUUGGAUUAAAAGGACACCAUCAGACUUGUGUACGAGACAGAGCAGUUCGUUCCAUUCUGGCUGUUAGAAAAGUUAGCAAAGAAACGGCAGAGAAAGCUGUGGAUGAAGUUUUUGAUGCCUGCUUCAAUGACCUGGAGCCUUUUGGAAGAAUCCCGCACAGUAAAACAGAUGCAAAACGUGCUUAUAGAGACUUUCAGAACAGAGAUCGCUAUAAUGCUAAUUUGUAAAGGAGAAAAAACUGAAAAGUUAUGUUAAUAUCCGAUUGAUCUAUAACAUCUGGAGUUACAGUCUGUGCACACAGCGCUGGUGGAAGGAGCAGUCCCACCAAAUGUAUCAAUUAAUUUUGUAAACGUUUUCCGGGAGCCAACUUCCAUGGAAGUAAAGGAAGUAAAUGAACAGGUCUAAAAACUGUGUUUCCUCACCUGUUAUUCCAGCAAGAUAAUUUAGUACACCGAACGACUUGUCAAAAAAUGAUCUGCAUAUUUCAAUGUACAUUUAAUUUUGUUCAGUCUGACUAGGACUUGGUUUCUAAAAAUUUUGUUGUUGCUGAAUAAAUCUUUUCAUAGAA